UAAGCUCCUAGGCAGCAGUCUAGUAACCAUGGCGAGCACUAAAUAUGACACGCGCAAUUCACCAUUCCUGGAACUGCAAACGCCCUUCACAGACGCAGAGGCGCUGCGAAUGGUAAUCCUGCUGCCUCUCAUGAUCCCGCGAUUUCUCAUUGCUGUAUUAACUGUCAGCAUUGUUGCGAUUAUAAACACCAUCGUAGCCUGGAAUUGGCCAGUCGACAAGCCGCUUAGCGUUAAGCGGCGAGCUUUGGUGCUAUGGAGCAAGGAGCUCCUGAUUGUUGUCCUCUGGAUGCUCGGCUUCAAAAUAACCGUCAAAGGCCGCGAAAACAUUGCAAAAGCAGAGGAGCUUGGUUCAGUCGCCGUGUUCAACCACGUCAGUUAUGUUGAUGCGCCAGUCAUGAUGUGGCUUCUCGCACCAUCCGGCGUUGGCAAAUCCAGCGUUUCUAACAUCCCAAUCAUCAAGCACGUUGUGCGCGCCUAUCAGGCCGUUUUCUUCCAUGAGCAAAGGCCGCCCAAGGAUGGCGCCGCCGCUUCAGUUAAACCAGCUCCCAAACCAAAGAAGAACCCAGUGGCUUACAUCGUGACCGGCAGCGUCACCGAGGUGCUGCAAAAGCGCGUUUCCGAGCCCUCGUACGGCAAGCCGGGCGGCUUCCCCAUGAUCUGCAUGGCCCCCGAGGGCACCUGCGGCGACGGUCGCGGGCUGCUUGAGUUUCGAACGGGCGCCUUCGUGCUGGGUCGGCCGGUGCUGCCCAUCUGCCUCAAGUACCGCAUCAAAGGGCACAACCCCGCAUGGACGCAGGUCUACUCCGAGGCCUGGCACUUCGUGCGCCUCAUGUGCCAGUGGCGCAACGAGCUGGAGAUCACCAUCCUGCCGCCCGUCGUGCCCUCGCCCGAGCAGGCCGCCGACCCACGGGUCUUUGCCGACCACGUGCGAUCGCUGAUGGGUCGCACACUGGGUCUGCCGCUGCUGGAGCAGAGCCACGCGCACUUCCUGGCGCUCAAGAAGCUCAAGGUCAUGGUUGACUGGAGCGGCACGUUCGUGCUUGCGCCCCCCGGAGUGGUGGACAAGGACGGCACCGUCGACCUGGCCAAACACGGCAUGCUCAAGUAGUGGGGGGGAGCGGAGGAGAGGGCAUGCUGGAGUUGUGGAGUGCAGCCCUGCGGUGCAGUGAUGGCGUCAGGAGCUGCAUGGGGGUAAAGAGGAAACAACUAACUGACCGUGUGAUAAGGCAUGGGGGGGCUCCUGGGGGACGUGCAUGGCGGAGGAGGUGUGGGUAAAGAGGAAAUAAUUAACUGGCCGUGUGGGCAGAUGUGGGUGGGCAGUUGGCCUUGAAGGCGAAGACACGGUCGUAUGGCGAGUGGGGGGGAUGCCUCCAUGCGUUAAAAAGUAUGGUUUGGGGUGUAGAGCAGGGGUGGGUGCUUGCUUCCAUCACUCGCGAGGCGGUGGAGGGAGAUGGGAAGCAGUGGCUGCCCCCUUUGCUGAUGCUAGGAUACGAGGGGGGGGGCUCUAGCUUGCGUUGUGCAUUUUGUGAUACCUCUUUUUCUUGACAACAAGGGUUCGUCCAUUUGGGUCGUGGUGAAUGUGCAUCCCACCACGGGGGACAAGCAAGCUGUGUUCACUGCCGGGCACCGCCUGCCUGUUGUGUACUGCGUCCGUUGUGGAAAGGGAGCACGUCUCGAUGACAGGUUGCGAUGCCACAGUUACUUUAUACCAGGGUGUUCUGGUGGUCGCAGCACACGGUCCUUUAAGGGGCCGUUCACCGCUUCAAAAAGGGGCAGCAAGGAAGAGUCCUAAUUUGUCACACGAGUCCC